AUGACAGCAAAGAAAACUCUAAUCGAAUCUAUGGCGUGUUCUUUCACGGGGAUGUCUAUUCAUGAAAAUGGUAGUUAUGAGUCAAAUGAUCUCGUGGUCAAUGACGAAAGAUCAGAGAAUUCUCAGAAGGAUUCUAUUGACUCCGACUCGAAAAAUAAAUGUUUAUUACCAACUACGACUAAUUCUAUUACAAAUGACCACAAUAAUAAUAAUGAGAAUAACAAGAAAUGUAAAAAGCUGACAAUAAACGAAUUUCCAAAUGAAAUUUUAUCAAUGGUCAUUCAUAAACUAAGUAAUGACAAUUCAGCGCGUAAAUUAUGGUCGUUACGUCGAGUUAGUCGUCAAUGGAAAUACGUCAUCCAUCAAGUCCUCUACGAAAAAGUAAAAUAUCGGUUGACUCAUUCUUCGCCAACCUCCGUGCAACUGUACACCUGCCAAAUUACCGAGAGCAAGGUGAAAUAUUCGGAUUCCAUUCGUGUCCACAUUACCGGGUACGAUAAGGAGACGGGUGAAAUGAUGCUUCGGUGUCAGCAGAGUCAGCAUUUCUCGCGUGUAAACAAAAAAACCAAACUUUUUCUGGUGGUGAGAAGGAAAACGCCUGUUAUAAUGCGAAAGGGUAUUAUUAAUAAUAACGUCGCAGAACCUAACAAUAACGAAAACAUAACAUUACGUACUGAGGAAUGUAAAGAACCGCUACGCGAUGGAAAACACGUGUUCUAUAAAGAAAAUUCCUUCAAGAUUGAAUAUGAGCUCAAGAGAAAUUAUACUAGUGACGCGAUAAUUACUAAAGCUUUUGAGAAGUGUCUUUCGGUUUUAUCGGUUGUCGUGUCACCAAUUUUAGUUUUGGAAACGGCAAUCUCCAUUUAA